AUGGCUUCAUCUGACCACCUUGACAACAUGACCUCAUUCGAGAAGAAGCCAAUGGGAUACGGAUGGCGCUCGUCGAAAUUCUUCGUUGUCCCAAUACUAAAGUAUAUGAUCGAGGAUCGUCUUCACCUCGACCCUUCCAAAACCCAAGGUAUCACAUCAGCAGCACUUUCAAUCCAUGCCCUGGCCUGCUUCGCGUCUGGGCCAAUUAUCGGUAAUUUUGCAGACCGAUAUUCUUCACGAAAAGGUCCUAUGCUGCUCUCUUUAUUGGGAGAAAUAUCAGGGACAAUCAUUGUCGCUGCGGCCACAUCCUGUAUGUCAUCGUCUGUCUUGAUUUACUUAUCAAUAUCCUGGUUAGAGCUAACCUAUACGGUUUGGGUAAAAGUGCCAGUACUUCUUUUUGGGCGUGUGAUUCAGGCCGUUGCCGGCAAUGCAGCAUGGAUUAUUGGCUUCGCAACAAUUGCGGACACCGUUGGGGCCGAGAAUAGGUCGCGAACUAUGUCAACAGUUUCAGUAUUUUUUAUUUCUGGGAUGCUAUUCGGCCCAAUGAUCUCGGGCUCGCUGAUAGGUCUUGUUGGAUACUGGUCAACCUGGCUUGCAGCGAUUGGUAUCCUCGUAAUUGAUGUGAUCAUGCAGCUUCUAAUGAUCGAGAGACCCAAAGGCGAAAUGAAGGACGCUGAAAACGUAUCUGGGUCUGGCUUCCGCUCACCAGACGAGACAUCCAAUCUUCUUUCCGGGCAACCUAGUCAACUUCAACCCGACCGCAGUUCACGGCAGAGUUCUUCUACCACAUGCAGAGAUCAGAGUUUCUACGGAGUUAUUCUAACUAAUCCCCGUGCUCUGACUGCCAUGGCAUGUCACGCAACUAUCAGUCUUACCCUAGCCUGCCUCGACACUACCCUGCCUUUGCAUGUCUCUCGAACCUUUGGUUGGGGUCCUUUUCAGAUAAGCUUGAUGUUUUUACUUUUACAAUUACCGACAUUAUUGCUUUCCCCUCUCACUGGAUGGAUCAAAGACCGCUGGGGAACGAAAGCUCCGUCUGCGGUAGGAUUCAUACUUCAUGCCCCUCUAUUCUGGCUCCUCGGCGCUGCAGGUCCCAAAGGUCUGUCAUUCGUGGGCCCAGCGCAAAUAAGCGAAACAAUCUACACAUCUAUCAUUGUCGGGUUGGGUGUUGUCCGAACGCUUGUUACUGGCUGUGGCACAAUAGAGAUGACCGGCGUUAUUACCGAGCUGCAGGAAACGCGACCGGCCAUAUUUGGCUCCGGUGGUGGAUUUUCAAGGGCAUUCUCUCUUAUAAACAUGAGCUGGACAUUCAGUAUGUUCAUUGGGCCAAUUCUGUCAGGCAUUUUGACCGAGACAGUGGGAUAUUACUACAUGAAUUUGUGCCUUGGUUAG